ACACAUACUGCCUCAACCACAUUAAUACAUUAUCAUUCCUGUAAAUGCUUUGCAAAUGUUGCAGGAUUAGGAAGGCCAGAAUCUGAUUUAGAAGUAGGUGGGAAAUUAUUUCAUCUCAUAAUUCGUGAAUUCUCUGCCAUCGAUCAUCUCCAACCCAACCCAGCCAAACCAUGCCUAUUAAGAGGCUCCUGUUGGAGGUGGAACCACCAAGUCCAGUGAGAUACUUGAUCGGAUCUGCAAUCAUGAUGAUCGGCGUCGUUUUGCCUCUUGGUUAUAUGAUGUUUCGCAACAAACGUGUCCCGUCUUCUUCGUCUUUUGCUAAACAGACGUAGGAACAAAGUUUUGAUAUAGAGAAAGAGAUGAAGUUGAAUUUGGUUUGUAGUUUGACUGAAAGAUGAGAGAUAUUCAUAUACUGUGACCUCAUAUGAAGGAAUGUAAAUGCUUUAAGCUCAAAACUCUGAUUUAGAAAUUACAUACUUGUGUUGUGGGUGUGGUGUGGUGUUAUUCAUGUUCUUAUUGGAAUUAUUUACCCAUGUGACUGUAGUAUUCUAAUUGAGAUAUUCAUAGGCACUUUAACUCUCCGCCAUGACAACAUGAAAAAUCCAGUUUGUUGUUUGAUUGAAUUACAAGUUACAAUUGUCUGAUUUGGUGUA